AUGCCUGCGUGCCAGGCCUUGGAGCACCUGCCUGUGCUGCCGGCGGCGGCCAUGGUGCCGCCGAUCGGGCCACCGAGGGCCGCCUCGGCGCUGCAGGGGCGGUGCCUCCCGCAGAGCGGCGCGUGCUUCGGCGGCGCGCGCUUGGGCGGCCGAGGCUGCAGCUCAGUUGCGGCCCUGGCGAUCGCAGCAUCUCACCGCCCACCAGUCAGCAGCUCCUCGUGUUCCAAUGUUCUCGCACUCGCUUCUGAUUGCUCUGAUUCUUCAGCGGGCCACUGGGUCUGCCACUCGCGCCCGGGCGCCUCAGGUUGUUGGGCCGACUCUAUCGGGUGA